AUGGAAUACACAUAUGUGAUGUAUCGCUUGAUUCAAAAAUUUUCAUUUUACAAUUUGUAUUUGCAUACAGUAUAUUAUAAAUUUGUUUGCUUUUUUGCUAUCAAAAAACAUUAACAUUUAUACAAAUUUUAUAUAAAUAUAGUUUAUUAAAUUUACAGUAAGUAAGAAACUGUAAAUACGAACAUAAUAGAAUGAAUAAUGAAAAAAUAAAAUGAAUGAAAAAGGAAAGAAAAUGUGUAUGAAUCUCGUUCAUUGAAAAACUUACCCAGGUCUUCAAUUAACGAGAGACAAAUGAUUCUUCAAUAAUUAUGUAGAUGUGGAUAAAGAACUCCUAGUUUUGUCUUGGAAUCGUUCCAGUUCUGCGUUUACACAGGAACCUUGUUUGCGAUUUAUGGACUUGUCUGACCAAGACUCGAAAUCGUUAAUGAAUUAUCAAUUUCAAAUGACUCCAUAACAGGAGCAGAGAGGUGUAAGAAGUGUGAUAAAAAUUGUUUAUUGCGUAUAUAUGUCUGUCGUAACGUGAGUGAAUGUUUUGCCGAUAAAAGCGAUAUACUGUACAGUUUUCGUUCAUUUCAUUUUCCCGCUUUUUUUCAAAUGAUAUCCUACAAGUUGAAUGCAUCAUAUCAGCAAUUAUAUUGUUAUAUCAUAAAUUGUUUGUCUAAACCUAGUCUAUGGAAGGCUAUUUUUGAAAAUUUCUGUAAUAUCGAUGUAACUCAUUUACAUUGAAAAUUUAUGUCGAUUUUUCAAUUAAUAUUUACCUAUUUCUAUGUAUUUAUCUAUUAAAAAAAAAAAAAGAUUUACUCCUGAAUUCGUUCAUUAAUAAAUAAAUUUGAACAUAAUCAAUAAUUUACACGUUUGCGAUUUGUUUUCACUGUUCCGAAUUUGAAUUUGAGAAUGUUCUUUCAUUUCUUUUAAACUUUCGAAGUAAAUAUUCGUAUUGCAUAAACUUACAGGAACUACAGUAUUUUUAAUAUAUUAACGUAUUUUCCGUGGGUGCAUAUGUUGAGUAAAGAAAUUUUAUUAAUUCAAAUUACAUACGAAUUAGUUCGAUUCAUUCGAAUUACUAUCUAAUAAUGUUUGUUACCGUUGCAAUAUAAUUUAUUUCAUUCGAAUUGUCUAAAUGGUACGAAUUAUCAUUAAUAUGAAUUGAAAAUUAUAAUAUUUGUAAUAUAAAAAUAUUUCUAAAUAUAAGUAUCAUUGCAACGUUUAUUUUCCUAGUUUGUAUAUCCCAUCCUACAAAGUCUAUCACCUGUUGCCUUUCUCUUCAUACAAGAUAGAUUAUAUCUAUAGUAUACAACUCUAUUAAAUUAUUCGAUUAUGAUAAUCUAAACUAACAGUGUUGAAGAUGUUAAAAUAAAACAAAAAAAUAGAAUAAAAUUAUUAUUGUUAUAUUAUUAAAUAUUCUAUAACAAUAAUUUUAGAAUAUGUACGUGUAUUUAUUAUUGUUUAGUCUUUAUAUUUCAAUCUUCUCUAUUUUGCAAUAUUUCAUUUCAUACAUAUUAAUUAUCGAAGACAAUUAAACAUUGUAGUAUAUAGUCUAUUUUAUUAUUGACGUUACGUAAUUAGAUACCGUAUACAGAUUAUUAAUUAUAAGUUUGAAAAAUAAAAAUAUUAAAAUUAAUAUUCAAUUAAUCAUUUUUUCUUGUUAUAAGUGCGAUACAAUGGAAGAUCUUGAUCUACCUGUAGAACGAUUAAUUGUGCUUUAA